UAUGACUAUCCUUUUAAGCAGAAAGUAAAAUUGACCACUGUCUUAGACAUAUAUUUCUCUCAACUUCAAACAAGUUUGAAAAUCUGAAAAGUUGUAAGAUAUAUCAAUGGAGCAAUACUCACAGUAUUUGAUGUGGGUGAAGAGCAAGAACAGUAUCCUCAAGAACUCAUUUAGCCACUCAUGGGAAGAACAAGCUUUCGCUGAGGAUGCUCGAGGUCCCCUAGGUGGAUUCGUAUGGCCUCCCAGAUCUUAUUCUUGUAGCUUCUGUAGAAGAGAGUUCAGGUCAGCUCAAGCCCUAGGUGGUCAUAUGAAUGUUCACAGGAGGGAGAGAGCUAAACUUAAGCAGUCUCUAAAUGGUACACAACAAAACCCUAAUAGCCAGCAGGGUUUCUCUAAAUCUUUAUUGGAAUCUUCGAACCCUAGUUUCUUCCCUUCACCUGUUUCGUCUUCUAUGGUUUCUUCAAUACCAAUAUUAUGUCAAGAAAAUACCACCGUCGGUAGCCCUUCAGAUGCAAAGAGUUGUGUUUGUGAUGAAGUUUUGGUACUUGGACCUGUUGAAACAAAUUUGUAUUUAGGGUUUGAUGGUUGUGACGUUGAAGUUAUGAACUGCAAGAGGCAAAAGACCGUGGUUUCGCCACUGUUCAUGGGCUCCAUGGAAGAUCAGGUGGAUCUUGAGCUGAGGUUAGCUAGAUGAAUUCUCCAACAAGGAAAGUAAUACAAUUAAUCCAUGCAUACUUUCUUUGCCCACAAGUUAAUGACGCAGAAAUUUGACAAUCUUGAAUCUUUUUCUGUUUCUUAUGUUAACCAUUUGAUGAUCUUUUUCUUGUCAAUUACUUUGAUUAUUAAUUAGAAUGACAAAGUUAAUGAAACAAUUGUAUUCGUUAACCAUCAUCAAUUUACAGGGGUACCUUGAAUGUACAUAUAUAGCUAUAAUAGUGUUUUUCUUA